CUCGAGACACGAAGCUGAAUGAUUUUGUCUAGUUAAUUCAGAAAUUCAAAAUCAUCCCAAUGUGUUUCACAGUGUUAUGCAUGGUAGAGCCUGAUAUCAUGUAUGGUUCCACGCCCCCUGUUUCAGAGCAGCCGGGCAAACUGUGUAAUCAACAAGGGUCAACUGUGGAUCAACCGAGUAAUGGCCCGUGACCAUAUUCAUUUUUUUUAGUUGUUACCCUUGAGGUCUUGCUAGUUGGACACCUCUUUUAUAAACAAUUUUAGAGACUUGUUAGACUAUAUUUGAGAAUCCUGAGAUAAGGCUGAUUUUUUAAAUCCGCCAUUGCUCCUAAGAAAGGAGGAAUUUUCAAAAAGUUGCUCUCAGUCAGUUGGGACUCUGUAUAGUACAAUAUUUCAACAAAAUUUGAGAUGGUUGCAUGGGGAGGUCAACAGAAAUGAAGGUCUUCAGGAGGUCGUCAUUCGGGUGUUCUCACCUUCGAAGGACCCGGUUUCGCGCAAAGGUUGAACCAUGGAGGUUAUUUCCACCAUAGGUUGCACCAGCUUACAGCUGCAUCCAUAUGUUUAAUAUUUUAGGAAGACGAAAGGUAGUCAUGUACUUGUCCUGGGAAGGAACCAAAUAAACUUUCUGCAGCUUGUGCCUGGUCUAUACUGGAAAACCAAUAACAUUAUUUAGCUAUUCACAAAAUUAUUGUUCUAAAAAUUUAAUUUCUCUCAGUUUGUUUUGUGGAAACGCAUAGACAGCAAUCAUGAAGGCCGUAUUCGAAUGUAGAUUGGAGGCAUCUUCAAGAUAGCAUUCAGGACGUCAGACCAGGUGCGACGCGGUGCGUUGGGAAGUCGGUUUCUUACUGUACUCCUGAUUUCCGUUGCUUGCGGGCAUAGCUGACGAAGUAGGGAUCCAAAAGUACCUGUAGAACUGUUAAAGUGCUAACUAUGAUUACACUUCGAUGCGAUGAAAGGUGUUAAUUGAAACUUGGGAUACAUCACUGAUGUAGGAUGAAUGUUUAAUAAUUUGACAUUGCCAGCACAUAACCCCAUAAUACAAUGGAAAAGAGCUGACGAAACUUUCAAAUUGCUAAUAAUUACAGAAUAGGGAUGACAUUUAUUAUGAAUGGUGUUGAUUCUAAAACUCACAGUUUGUCAUGGCACAUGUCAAAUGUGGCUCUUCAAGAUCUACGUCUAACAGCUAAAGGAAAGACUACAAAACUUAUGAAUGAUUUCCUGAAACUAAGAGAAGGUUCAAAGCCAAUGCCACAGUGGUCACCACCUGAAGUAAGGGAAUGGAUAUGCAAAGAAGCCCUAAAGAAUAAUUUUGACUAUGAAAAAAUUGAUUUAAGAUGUUUUCAUGAUGUGAAUGGAGAAACAUUACUGAACAUGACCAAAGAUGAUUUUCAAAAAAGGGACAAAGGAAGUGGAGAAUUUAUUUUCAAAAUUGUAAAGCAACAUUCAAACAAUAAAAAAUUUCAAAGAAAAGGAAGGAGACCACUGGCAAUAAAUGAAGCUGGUCAUCAAAUUAAAAGAAAUAGAAGAAAGAAAUGUUGCUCUGUUUUGGAAUUCAUUCAAGGCCUCCUCAAGGAUCCAACAUAUUGUCCAAGUAUUAUCUGUUGGGAAAAUUAUGAGAAAGGUAUCUUCAGAUUUGUCCAGAAUAAUGAAGUUGCCAAACUUUGGGGUGAUAUUAAAGGGAACCCAAGUAUGAACUUUGAAAAGUUAAGUAGAGCAAUGAGCUCCUUCGGCUGCCAUUUUCAAGCUGAAGAGAAAAUAACAGAGCAAGUUACUACUUAUUCAGCAUGCACCAAUCAUCAGAACUAUUUGUGUGAUGUCAUGUGUUUG